AUGGCCGGACCUUCGAACAUGACCGUGGAAGAGAGCGGCUGCGAUGAGGCGACUGUCGCCCGCCGCGUACUGCGCAAGAUUGAUCGGGCAAUCAUUCCGCUGCUCUUUGUCACGUACAUGCUCAACUUUAUGGACAAGGUGAUUCUCUCAAGUGCCGCCGUAUUUGGCCUGAGGGAGGAUACAAACCUCCACGGUCAGCAGUACAGCUGGGUCAGCAGCAUCUUUUACUUUGGCUACCUCGUCUGGGAGUAUCCCACCACACUUCUCAUUGCCCGCUUGCCCGUCGGCAAGUAUCUAAGCGCCAACACGGCGUUCUGGGGCGUCACUGUGGCCGUCACGGCUGCAUGCACCAACUUUGGCGGCCUCAUGGCAGUUCGUCUCUUGCUGGGCGUUGCUGAGGCUACCAUCACUCCCGGCUUCAUGUUCUUGACGUCAACCUGGUACACGCGCGAUGAAAUGCCCACACGCGUGGGCAUCUGGUUUGCGGGCAACUCAGUCGGCGGCUUGGUCUCGAGCCUGAUCGCCUUUGGCGUCGGCCACAUUGAGGACAAUAUUCACCCGUGGCGCUGGAUGUACAUCAUUCUUGGUGUCGCGACGUUCCUCUGGACCAUUCCCAUGUUCCUCUUCCUCCCUGACACAAUUUCCAAAGCCAAAUUCUUGACGCCAGAGGAGCGCGAAGUUGCAACCCGCCGGACGAUCGUCGCUGGAACGGGAAGCACCGAAGACACCCGCUUCUCAUGGGAGCAGGUUCGCGAGUGUCUCAUCGAUCCCAAGACGUGGCUCAUCUUUUGCAUUGCCAUCCUUGGACAGAUUCCCAACAGCGGCACUCAAAACUUUUCAAACAUUAUUGUCAAAUCAUUCAAUUUCACCAGCCUGCAAUCUACACUCAUCAACAUUCCCUACUCCCUCCUCACUGCAGCCAUCAUUGCAUGCACAGGAUGGCUUGCAGGCCGCUACCGCACGCUGAACUGCCUCCUCAUCAUCGCAGUUGUAUUUCCAUGCGUGGUGGGCGCAGCAAUCAUUUACUGCCGCAAGCAAAUUCCCUCGCAUGGCGUGCAGCUCUUCGCCUACUUUUUGCUGUCGCCUGGUCCUGCGUCCAUGCCGCUCAACAUGGCGCUGGUGCAGUCCAACUUCAAAGGCGUCACGAAGAAGAUGACAAUCACUGCAUUGCUAUUCAUCGCAUACUGCACUGGUAAUAUUGCCGGUCCGCAAUUCUUCCGCGCGAGUGAGGCGCCGACGUACAACACGGCAUUCAAGACAAUCAUCAUCUGCUACUCCUUGGUCAUUGUCUUGGCCAUUGCGCUACGCAUAUACCUGCAAUGGUUCAACGCCUUUAGGUCAAAGACAGAGGGUAUUCAAGGCAGCGCGGGCACGGCGGGUGCUGUGGCAGACGCCAAGCUGGGCGAUGGCACUGAUGCCGCGCCAGUGGAACUUCGACCCGAGGCAUUCGAGGACGUGACAGACUGGAAGACUGUUGGAUUCAGAUACCGACUGUGA